CUAAUAUCAUGAUGGUCUUGACACAUCCUGAGUUGCCUGCCAUCACACUCGCACUUCUGUGCAGCUCAGCAUCCGUGCUGUGGGGCUUCCCAUUUGGACCUGUGCUUGAGCUAGAUGUCAUUCCUAGGACCACUGUGCCUUUUAAUGGGCUUCUGGGAUGUAAUCAUUUUCGUAGUCAGACUGUAAAUUACAGUACUCUGCUGCUGGAGGAUGGAGCUGACAUUUUGUACAUAGGGGCCAGAGAGGCCCUGUAUGCCCUGGACACAGCCAACAUCUCAGCUAUCCGCAAUAAAAGUUCUAUUGAUUGGGCUGCGUCUGCAGAGCAGAAGAAACAAUGCUUAAGCAAAGGAAGAAAUGAUCAGACAGAAUGCUACAAUUAUAUUCGGUUUCUUGACCGGUAUAACGAGACGCAUCUCUACACCUGUGGGACCCAUGCCUUCCGACCUCGCUGCGCAUACAUAGAUGUGGCGCGGUUCAGCUUUGUGCGUUUUGAGGAAGGUAAAGAGAAAUGUCCCUAUGACCCAGCCAAAGGUUACACUGGGUUCAUUGUCGAUAGUGAGAUGUACUCUGCCUCACAGUAUGAAUUUCGUAGCUCCCCUGACAUUCGUCGUAACUUUCCCUUUCCCAACCUGAAGACAGAAGAUGCUCCAAUUAGAUGGCUCCUGGAGGCGGACUUUGUUGGCUCAGCACUGUUGAGAGAAAGCAUCAACAGCUCCACUGGGGAUGAUGACAAAAUUUACUUCUUCUUUACUGAGAGAAAUCCAGAGCAGAAGCCUUACUCCAGUCAGACCAGAGUGGCCAGAGUGGCCAGGGUCUGUAAGAGUGACAUAGGAGGUCAAAGGAUUCUUCAGAGGAAGUGGACCUCCUUUUUGAAGGCCCGACUUGUGUGUUCUUUCCCUGAGUACGAGUUGCAGUUUAACAUCCUGCGUGGUGUGUAUGUGCUGGAAGGACCUAAUGCUCAUGACAGCCUCAUAUUUGCGGUGUUCGGACUUGAAUGGAAAAACGUUAAGACAUCUGCAGUUUGUCAAUACUCUAUCAGAGAUGUCCAGGCUGCAUUUCAUGGCCCUUACAUGGAACUCCAAGACUCUAAAUGGGGGGAAUACACUGGAAAAGUUCCGGACCUUAGGCCUGGCUCAUGCAUAACUGAUCAGCACCGGGCUCAGCUCAUAAACACAUCACGGGAUCUGCCAGACAACGUGCUCAUGUUUGCUCGAAGACACCCUUUGAUGGCCAAAGAAGUCCAGCCAACAGGAGGGCGACCCCUACUGUUCAAAAAGAGCACUGACUACACCAGGAUAGCUGUUCAUAAGGUCACUGCCUUGGAUGGGAACACCUAUAACAUGAUCUUCACUGGAACAGAUGAUGGGUGGUUGCAUAAGGCUGUACAGCUUGGAGAUCGGGUGCACAUAAUUGAGGAGCUACAACUGUUUAAGGAGCCACAGCCUAUAAACAACAUGGUUAUUUCAUAUAAACAGAGAAGUAUAUAUGUGAGUGCUGCGUUGGGAGUAGUGCAGGUGCCUCUGUCUUCCUGUAUGCGCUACACCUCAUGUUAUGGCUGUGUGUUUGCACGAGACCCACUAUGUGGCUGGGAUGGGAGACAGUGUGUUGAAAUAUCAACAUACAGUGCCAGGUCCAACUUAACUCAGGACAUUCAGAUGGGUAACAGAGGGUGUGACAACAUCACAGAGGAUGGUUUUGUAACUCAUCACACUCGUUCAGUGACUGUGGGACACGACAUGCUCUUGCUUUGUGAGCUUCGCUCCAAUCUGGCAGUUCCCCACUGGACUCUGAAUGGUGAACAGUUGCAGGGUUACGCUGUGGACACUGGCUACCGGAUCGGUACUGAUGGCCUCCUUAUAAUUGGGGCUCAGACCUGGCACAGUGGCCAUUACCGCUGUUAUGCUGUGGAGAAUGCUGUUUGGAUUCCCAUACGCAGCUACAUGGUUAGGGUGCAGCCUGUUCCUCCACCUUCACCCCAUCUACAGGUACCCACAGAUCCAACUGCCCUACCAGAGAGGUUCUUCACCACUAGCACACUAUUUGUCAGCCCCUCUAGUGAAUCCACAGAGCAUCCCCUGCCCCCACUACCCUCCAUGCCUGAGUUCCACACUAACCGACACAUGGAGGCUAUGUAUAUCUCGCUGGUGGCUAUUUUAGGUGGACUCUGUCUUGUGCUAACUGUGGUGCUGCUGUAUGUUAGUUUCUGUGUACAUAGUGCCCCUGGUCACAGGAAGUAUUCUCACCAAGAGCUGUCCAUUACCCCUACCACAGAGAGAAAACGGAGCUCUCACGUGGAGCUGAAGACAAUCUCCAGCCACUGCAAUGGGAGGACUGAUGUGCUUUAUGGAGGACCAUCAACAGAUGGAGAAUUCCUGCAAAUUAUUCCAGAUGAUGGGCAGGUCAACCCUAACAAAGAGCCUCCUCCAGCUCCUCCACUCCCCAUGCCACCUCCAUUGCCAUCCACAGAGUACACAAACGGCUUGUCGGCCACGUUACCCAGCGUUUUAAGGAAAAUAAAUGGGAACAGCUACAUGCUCCUGAAUCAGAUGGACUCGGAUAUUACCUCACCUCUUUACCAUUCUUUCACAGAGGAGCUCAACAGGAUCUUAGAGAAGAGAAAACACACACACCUGGAUAUGCAGCCAGAUGAAAGCUCUGUGUAGCCCCAUCUCUCUGUCAUAAGGGUAGUGGCACCUUUUUGGAGGGAGGCUUAACUGUUGUUGGAGCUGUAUUUUAUUAAAUAAAAUAAAUGUGGUGUAUUAUGCUGUAUGUAUUUGCACUGUAUCCUGAUGUACACCUGAAGUCCUAUAGAUAUUAUGAACCAUGAUUUGGAUGUUUUUGUUACUGAGGACUUUGCGAACUAUAAUAACAUCAUAAUAUGUCUAAUAACAUUGUGUUUUAAAACAAAUAUUUAUUUUAUCUGAAGUGGGAAGGGAAAGACCUCAAAUAGAGAUCAUGUUCUCAGAGGACUCUGAGAGCAUGAAUAUGCAGAACAAAAGGACUAAAUACAAAGAUAUGUUCACUGACUGGGUUGAAAAAAGCAAUGUAAAUACAUUGAUAAUCAGUGUAUGUACAUUUAUAUUAAUUUAUUAUGUGUCUCUUACUGCAAGGGUUCUUGACCUCUGGUCACUGGGGCUCCUGGCCUUGCACAAAUUACAGAAUUCUAAUACAGCAGAUCCAGGAAAAAUCUUCAAGCUGUGCUUAUCAUCACCCAGUGAUAUUUAACUGCAAAAUAUGAUCUCAUUGAUGAUAGUUAGCAAAUGUAAAUUGAUUUUACAGCUUAUAUAACAGUUGUAGCUCUCAAAUAAUUAAAAUUGGAAAUAUGAAAGGCUUAUUCAGUAGAGGAUCUUAGUGAAGUGAAGAGACCAAGCCUGGAUGAUAAAGAACCAGAACAAACUUGGCAAAUGGAAAACAUGCUGUGAACAAUCUUAAGCCAGUGCUGAAGCCUAUUUUUGUCAUCAACAUAAAUACAUGGUAUUUUUCAUUUAUAGCAUUUGGUGGCUCCCAUUUUUUCACAAAUUGACCACUUUACUAACAAAUA